AUGAUCGACAUGCUGAUGUGUAACUGUAUUCCGUUUCACACAUGCGGAUACUAUCCUGAGCUUCGUAGCAGCAAUGAUUGGCAUCCUGAUACGGAUAACAUUCUAGACUUCGUAUCCAAGCACACAUCCAUCAAAGACGUGUACCAUGUGCUCAGUCCUCCGGGGCAUCCGAGCUGCAAAUCCAACGCAAAAGAAAAGAAUUUCAACUACAAGGACGAAUGGUCGUGGGACAAGACGCUCAAAGUGCAAAUGGACUACUGGGGAAUUAACAACAUUGACCGUGUCCGUGCGAAGUUCCCACGUAUCCGUACGAUAGAGUUUGUGGAUACGUUUCAGGCGACUGACCCAAGACCUGACCUGCACUCGGAGGAGGACUGUCUGCACUACUGCCACGUAGGAGUGCCGGAUGUGUGGGCUCAGUUUGUACUGGAGUAUAUGCAGGCACAUACGAACAACUAG